CUUUUUCAACUCUCUUUACCAUUCUUUAUAUAAACACUCAACAACUCUUCAACUUGAAGAACAUCACACACAACACAACCAUGGAUUGGUUCUCAUGGCUGUCAAAAACAAGCCUUGAGCCAACCCUAGUGUAUGAGUAUGGUCUUACUUUUGCACACAACGAGCUGGAAGAAGAAGACAUGAUAUACUUCAACCAUGAGUUUCUGAUGAGCAUGGGAAUCUCCAUAGCCAAACACAGGCUAGAGAUUCUGAAGCUCGCAAGGAAAGUGAAAGGAAAGAGAGCACCACGCCCUGUGGCAAGCCUCAUGGUGGCGAUCAAGAGGACCAAGAGGUGCUUGGCCAAUUACUUUCGCACGUUCAUCAGCUGUGAAGAAGAGUCUGCGGCACUCGUCGUGGUGCCAUCGUCGUUAUCAUCGUCGAGAACAAGGCCUUAUGGGACAAGAUGGAAGAGUCAUGUCAUGAAGAGGAACAAAACCAAAAAGUUGAUGGUGGCUAAGCAAGAGAGGCUCUUGCUCACAAAUGGAAGUCCCAAUGGUCUUGAUGGUUUUACCAGUCCCAUGGUUUACCAUUUCAGCAAGGAGGAAAAAAAGGAAGGAGAUGAUGAUGACGAUGAUGGUGGAUACUGGUCUUCGGCUGCUGCUGCAGAAGAAAUCAGGUGGGAUACCAUGUUUCAGGAUCUAAAGCCAAACUGAUAAAAAAAAAUCCUUUUUUUUUUCUGGGGUUGUUGAUUCUACGAUCCCUUAUUUUUUUCAUUACUUGGUGAGAGAUGGGUUUUUAGGGUUCUUCCACCACCAUACUUUUGUUGUUGUUGUUGUUUUUAUCAAUGGUGUGGGUCAUGCGGAUAGGUAACUUUAGCAUGCAGCUAUCUGUGUCAGUAAUGAGAUUGUCUACUUUGCUUUUUGUAUGGUCAUGUGAUGCCCUUUAGAUAGGGCAAAAUUGGCCUUAGAUUAGCGUGUUUAUGGGGGAGAAUGAUGAGGUAGAUGUUUAGUUUUGUUACUUUACUUUAGCAACUUUGAAGCCCCAAUUUAAAAGUUUGCCUUGACUUUGGGUUUGUGCAGUGUAUUGUCUUGUGGUUGACAAUACACACAUUAACAUACUAUAUUUAAUAGUUAAUACAAUACUUACUGCAUUGC